AUGUCUUCUUCAUUUCUACUCGAAACUGUCGAUAUUUAUACCUUCUGGCUUUUAAAUGUCUCCUCCAGUUUUAUGUUAUCUGCAGCACACAAUGUUCUUUUCUUUGUUCUUGACUGGAGAACUCCAGUCAUUCACUUUUUACACUUUGCUUCAGCAUUAGCCUUUUUUGCAACCAAAACAGCAUUCACCCCAGACCGUGGGGUUUUGCUGAGACUUUUAUUUGGAGAAUUUUUUCGUCCACCUUUAAGGAUUAUUUUUUGGAAACCUUUAUUGGCACAAUUAAUUGUUUGUUUAUUGUCUUCUAUUGGUUGGUUUGGAUAUUAUAAAUUAUUAACAAAUUUUAUUUUAAUAUUAGUACAUUCACAAAAUAGAACAGGCGGAUUAUACUUAGUUAGGCUUUUUGACUUUCUUGGAACUUUAUUGGUUAUUGGAUAUGGACCUAAAAUAUUGGGAGAAGAAGAAGAUACAAAUAAGAGGAGGGCUAUUUCUCUUUUGCUUGUCCCCUUAGCUGUUUCUGCUUCUCUUAGUUGGCUUGAAUUUGGACAUAUAGAAUAUGACCCUUUAACAGUCUGGUUUUCCCCCUUACUCGGAUUAGCACAAGGAUUGCACCUGUUGUUGCUUAAGCGCUCCCAACUGCUCUUCUUUGGAGCUUUCCAACAACAACAAAAUUUAAAUAAUUACGAAAAUAAAAAUGGGGAUUGUGAAGAGGAUAGUUAUGGUCAAAAAACAAACAAUUUUUCCCCUUUACUCUUCCAACGCUUUGCCCUUUGCUACACCUUUGCUAUGACUUCCCUUUUAUUUAUUCCGGCAUUAAUAUCGUAUAGUCAAAGCAUCGUUCCUUAUGAUGCAAGUUGGGAAUCUAUAGAUAAGGUAUUAAUGGCAAUGUCUGUUAUAUUUAUGAUUGGCUACAAAUAUUCGGAGCUUUGGUUACAGGCAAAACUUGAAGCAAGUUUAAUGUUUUUUUUAAUAAUAAAACAUGUUUUUGUAAAUAAUAAAACUUGUUUUUCUUUUAAAACUUGUUUUUAUUAA